AUGCGGGUUUUCCAUCCCGUUGGCAGGCCGUGCAAGAAUCCUCGCGGGAGCCAGAGUGAGCUGCAAGCUUUCCACCAGAUUCAGCGCCGGACUCGCCGCCACCGCACCAUUUUCACGGAUGACCAACUGCAGGCCCUGGAAGCCCUCUUCCACCAGAACCAGUACCCAGAUGUCAUUACCAGAGAGCACCUGGCUAACCGGAUUCACCUGAAGGAAGAGAGAGUGGAGGUUUGGUUUAAGAAUCGGCGAGCCAAGUGGCGGCAUCAAAAGAGAGCUUCGGCUUCGGCGCUCGUCCUUCAAAGUGCCAAGAAGUCUUCUGAGGGAAACUGCUGAUGUCUGGGAGUGAUGGCUGCAUUUGACAAGUGCUGAAGGUCCCAUUGGCUUCUGUGCAUCUCGGCAGGAGGAAGUGAGGAGAAACGGAACGGCGAUGCGAAACGGGGAGGAAUCCUCACAAUUUAUUAAGAAGAGAUGGUAUA